AUGAUCGUCGCCUUGCCCCUGCCACCACCGCCACCACCAGCCACUGUCGGCAGCAGCUACAACGGCAGCACAGGCGGCGGCGGCACCGGCAGCGGCAGCGUGUAUGAUGAGGGCGAGCUGGGCAGGGCGCUGGCAGCAGGCAUGCACAGCAGAGAGAUGACUGUGCUGCAUCGAUGGACCGUCGGCAUUCCCUGCCGCAACAACUCCUCCUCUCUCUCGGGCCUCCUGCCUUGGCGCCAGCACGGGCCCUUCUCCUUCCACCUCCCUCCCUCCUCCGCCUCCGCCGCUGCUCUCUCCUUCCCGCCGCAAGGCGUUGCUCUGCACCUCCUGCUGCUCGAGGGCAGCGGGGCGGACAGCGGCGGCACGCCCUCUGGUGGUCCCGUGGUGUUGCCUGGUCCCAUUGACGUGCCCGACCCUCCGUUCAUUCCUGGAGGCUCGUCCCUGCCUGGAGGCUCGUCCCUGCCUGGAGGCUCGUCCCUGCCUGGAGGCUCGUCCCUGCCUGGGGGUGCGUCUGUGAGUGGAGACGCGGCCGUGUCAGGGGCAACUUCAUUGACUGCAGCAACAGCAGCAGCGGUGGAAGGCGGGGAGCUCACAUCGGCGGCAACGGCAGCAGGGAACAUCGACAUCGACCUGGUUACUGUGGCUCCCAGAGGCACAGAGGUACAGGUGCGAUGCUUGCUUACAACCACAGGUGGUUACAUGUGUUUACUGCACUCACAACACAAGAGGUGGUUUGCAGUGGCACCAAGGAACAUCGACAUUGACCUGGUCACAGUGGCUCCCAGGGGCACAGGUGCGCACAGAGGCACAGGUGUGCCUCUUUUGAUCACACGUGUUGUCUCGAUUCACGAGAGGUCGGUUGCACUUGCACCAUCGGCCUCCGCCCCUCCGUUCUUCUCCUACUCCUCGUUGAACUCCUCCUCUCCCCUCCUCACCUCCGGCUCAGCCCGCCUCUUCCCCUCCUUGCUGCGCCUCAACCCCCUCUCUCACCCCCACCAAGCGGGCCUUGCCCUGCACCCCACGCCCUUCCCCCUCGUCUCCCCCGCCACCCCCACCUCCCCCUGCCGCCCCUACUCCUUCUCCUCCUACUUCUCCUUCCGCCUCUCCUCCCCCCACCCCGCUGCUCUUGGGGCCGACGGCUUUGCUUUCGUUCUCCUGCCCGACCCGACCGUCGGGCUGCCCGGGCCAAACAUGGGAUACGGCAGAAGGCUGUACCGUCAGGAGGAGCUGUUUGUGGAGGUGGGAGGGGGGGAUGAAGAACAAUUGUGUCAGGUAGAGAACGGGGCCGUUACAUGCACCACGAUUGGCGGCAGCAGCGGCAGUGGUUUCACCCUCAACAGCAGCCUGCCACAUCAGCACAGCCUGGCAGUGGAGUUUGACACGUCAUCAACCCGUCUGUUUUCGGACCCGACCACUCACCACGUGGGGAUCAACAUGGAUUACAGCAUGACGUCAGCAGGCCAUGCGUCCGUGCACCCCGCGGGCAUCCCCUCGCUGGGCGGCAGCGGCAAGGAGAACGAGACGCUGCAUGCGUGGUUGGCCUACAACGCCACCGCCUCGCUGCUCUCCGUGCGCCUCUCCUCCUCGCCCGCCAUGCCCCCCUCCGCCCUCCUCUCCCUCCCCUUCAACGCCUGCGACCUUUUCCACAUUGCUCCGAAGGAGGACGUCGGGGAGGGUGAGGCCGUGUUGGUGCAUGCAGGGUUUGCAGCCGGCACGGGGCUGCUGCCGCUGCACACUCAGACGCACGACAUCCUCUCCUGGUCUUUCCAGGUCGACACUAAAGUAUUGUCAUGUUUCAAAAAUAUCUCCUUCUCCUUCAUUCAUCCUUCUCCCCUCCCUUCUCAUCUCCUCUAUCAUCCUCUGCUUGUCUCACCUCACUGCCCAUGUCACACAGACGUCAACCCAUGCACGGCAUGGGACGUGAAUCCAUGCGGUGCUGGCAGGUGCAGUGCGGUGCGGUCAGCAGCCACAGGCACAUACACCAGCACGUGCUCGUGCCCUCUCAGCCAGCCCAGCUACAAGCUCCCCCAAAUGCCCGCCUUCCAAACGUGCUUCAACGAGUUCCCCGCAUGUCGUCUUAACAGUACUGACAUGUGUGCGCCUGGCGUGUGCCUGGAGGGCUAUGAUGCCUCCUCCUUCUGCCUCUGCCCGCCCGCCUUCUUCCCCCUCGACUACUCUAACCCCCUCAAGCAGCCCUGUAACCAAGUGAGCAAAUCUGCCGUUCCGGUGCCCUUCUUCCCAGCACCCCCCGGCCUCACAUGCCCUCUGCUGCUCGACAUAUUUGACCUCUCACCUCAAGAGCUGCUGGACAGCAACCAGGGCCUAGCAUGCCACAAGCCCAUACCUCGUGGGUUGAUUGUCAACGUGUCGGCAUCUGCUAACAAGACCUGCACCAGCAUGUACACCACCAACCAGGGCGACACGUGUGCUUCAAUCAACAGCAUCCUUAACACCAACAUAACAGACUUAAACCGUAACAUUGACUGCUUACAACCUCUCGUCCCUGGAAAGCGAAUAUGCAUUGAGAACAACACCGAUGCCCCCACCUUCCCCGUGGCGGCCUGCAUGGAUCACAGGGCUUUAGAGCCGGGCCUGCACAUGUGCCAGCAGGUGGCCGCCUUCGGCUACGGGUGGAGCCGCGUGGGCUACUCAAAGCUCUUCCGCGUCAACCCUGCUCUCUACUGCGACCAGCUGCUGCCCGGUGCAGCUGGGUGGGACGACUCUGUUCUCAAUACGGUGUGUUUGAUGGUGGAUGAGCGGCCGGAUUCUGGAGGAAUGCAGUGCGAGACUCGUCGGUUCUACUCCGUGAGGAGAGGAGACACGUGUGGCAAGCUGAUAGCGUCUCGAUACAAGCGAAAAGUGGACCUCUUCCGGUCACUAAAUGGAGGGUUUGACUGUACUGAUUCGUCGUUGUGGCAGGGGAUGCAGCUGUGCUUGCCGUAA